AUGCCCGCGCUUCGAUCGCUCCUCCUCCUCCUCGCCCUCUCCACCGUCUCGUUGGCAUGGCCGCAGCCGGAGACACAGCGGGAGGACAGCGAACCUGAGAGCGGCAUCGUUCCUCAGUGGGAAGAGGUCGUCAGAGCCCUGCCGGGAGAGUCGUUGGAACUGGCUCUGGAGGGCAAUCUGAAGCCGAAGUAUCGCGAGGGCGUCUUCGAGCAUGGACACGAGGCCAUCGAAGCCGUUCACGGCGACGAUCCCGGCCUUGCUGAAAAGCUCGUGGAGUUGGCUCGUCAAGAUGCGGACGCGAAGGACUACCUGCGCAAGCGUCAGAACGACAACACCACGACCUCGGCGGGCGUUUCGAGCACCGCUACUUCAACCAUCAGUAGCGACGCCCCGACCACGACGUCGACGACUCCGACGACGCAGUCCCAGGCGCCCACCACCACCACGACCUCCCCUACUACCCCAACAACGACCCAGCAGCCUUCGUCGACGCCCACUACCCAAGGUCAGUCUCCAAGUUCCACCCCGGGAAGCUCUUCGCCGUCGGGCAGUUCAACUCCUACUCCUACCACCAUCACCACCACUUCUUCCCCCGUGACGUCGCCGACAAGUUCUCCAGGUGAGAGCUCCCAGCCGCCGACCACAUCUUCUCCUGUGACGUCGCCCACAACUUCUCCAGGUGGGAGCUCUCAGUCGCCGACCACGUCUUCUCCUGUGACGUCGCCCACAACUUCUCCAGGUGAGAGCCCGACGCAGCCGACUACGUCUUCUCCUGCUCCUUCGCCAACGACGAGUUCUCCAGGUGAGAGCCCUCCCUCCUCUGGCGUUCCCGAAGCUAGCUCGACUGUCACUCGUGCUGGCACUACCGUUGAAACGCCCUCUCUGGUUGCAGUACCGGCCCCGGCGCCCUCGAGCACCAAUACGCCAAAUACCGUGACUACUCCUUCAUCGGAUGUUUCUCCUCCUGUUCCUUCUUCCUCCUCCUCCUCCUCAUCAUCAUCAUCAUCACCGUCGUCUUCGUCUUCGUCUUCUUCUCAAGAGCAGGGCUCACAAGUUACUUCUACAGCUACCACGGCUCCAACCACCACGACAAACAGUGAUAACGACAACAACAACGGACAGACGACAACCACAAAUCAGCGUGGCUCUUCAUCUUCACCCGCAAGCAAUCCUUCAGCGUCGAGCUCCGGCUCUGGCGGCGCCUCUGCUGGUGGCGGCAGCUCGGCGUCAGGAACCACUCAAACUGGCGUUCUGGUGCCGGUCCUAGUCACCACAACCGACUCAGCAGGCGGAACGACCGUGCGAACGACUGACGCAUUCGAGAACUCGGCGCAGACGAGCGUCGCAGUACCUGUCACCGUGGUCAACAGCCAAGGCCAGACCGUGACCACCACCUCCAUGGCUCCUGCAGCAGUCAUCACUUCUACAGAUAGCCGUGGCUCGGUCAGGACCACCACCUCGCCACUCACUAACGUGGCAGUCGCUCCAGGUGGAAGCAUUGUUAGCUCAGCGCCUUCGAUGUUCACGACCACAGACAGCGAUGGUCAGGAAGCGGUUCUUACGAACCCGACCCCUGGAGGCGUGUACACUGUGACCGAUGCACAGGGCAGGAUUGCCACUAUUACUUACACACCAGGCGGCGGCGGCGGCGUCGUCAGCCAGCUGCAAUUGGCUACCACAACUCUCGCCAACGGCCAGCGAUCUACCAUCACGUCCUUCGCAGUUGUUGGUGGCGCCGCGACAUCAAUUCCCGCCGGCACACAAUCCAGUGGCAGCGCGGCUUCCACCUCCGGAAAACCCGGACUGCAAUCCGGGGCAGCGACGUUUUCAAGCUGGUAUGCGGCCGAGGUCGCCAUGCUUGUUGGAGCCGCCAUCGGAGUUGCUGGAAUUGUAUUGUAA